UGGCAGACGGCCGAAGAUCAGUUCCGAUUUGUACAGGAAAACGGAGAUCUGUGAUUGCUUCCGCUUUAACAUUGAAUCUGACAGAACGAAAGAAUGUCGUCCAGGUUGCUUGUCUUUCUGACGAUUGUUGUUGGAUUUGUGACAGCUAAAGUUCCUCCUUACAUACAUAUUUGCGGCAUCAAAAAUCCGAAUCUCGAUGACUGCAUCAUCAAAAGCGUGGAUGCUCUAUCCAAGAAUCUGGCCGUUGGUAUACCAGAGUUGAAUGUUCCACCAACAGACCCAAUGUUGAUCGGAGACAUGACACUUAUUGACACCGCAAACUUCAAGGCAACUGGAUCCGAUGUCACGCUCAAUGGCUUAUUGACGUAUCAUAUAAAUAGUCUGCACCUAGAUCUCGAGAAGCAUCAGGUAGACAUCGAUCUGAAUUUGGCUGAAGCUAAAAUAAAUGGCAAUUACAAUAUUAGCGCUAGGAUCUUGAUCCCUAUAAAUGGAAAAGGACCUCUUACCUUUACCACGAAUGACGUGAACGCAAAGAUAAGAAUGUUGUACAACCUAGUCGAACACGCUGGAAAACAGUAUGUCUACUUCUCGUCGAUGACCACGCACUUGGACGUCAAGGAUUAUACCAUCAAAUACGAGCCGGAAAAUUUCGACGAAACUCUGCGAGAUGCGUUCAAAGAGGCGGUUGGCCACAAUAAUCGGGAAAUAUUGGAAAUGACCAGACCUAAUUUAGAGAAAGCCAUUAGCCAGAGAUGCCUAGAAAUAUCUAACAAGAUCUGCAAGCAUUUCACUUACGACGAACUUUUCCCCGAUCGGGAGUAAACGAGAUCGUUGCGAAAAUCCCUGUGAAAUAAAAGGAAAUAGCGAUUUGAACGAAAUAAGCGGUUGAGUUACGUUUCCCAUAAAAUAAGUCGUUCGUUGUUCGAAUAUUUGUUUAACCAUAUAUUAGCCACGGUGGUUUAUCGAUGACAAAUUCGUCAACAUUUUUAUAAAAAUAAAUAAAAAUGAAAUAACAUAAAUUUCGUGGAUUAAAAAGUUGUCAACUAUGUGAGUGACUUAAAUAACAUCUUCGUUAUUCUUGUAAUUAAUUUCUCUUUUAUGUUGUAAUUUAUUGAAAUUAUCUCCUCGUUAAACGUCCUAAGAUAUUCUGUAAAAAAAAAAAAAAAAAAAAAAUGUACCCUACACGCUUACUAGUAAAAAGUACGCAUUUCUGAAAAUACUUGAUACAAUGGUUUAUUGUGAUAAUAAAUUUGAUAAAAUCUUUCAGAA